AUGCAGCUAUCCAAGCUGUUUUCGGCUAAUCAGAAGGGUGACAUGUCGUCGUCCGGCGCCGGUGAAGGAAAAGCUUUGCGUAAAAAGUUGAAAAAAGUUGUGCUAGCCUAUAGUGGUGGUUUAGAUACCUCUAUAGUUGUACCGUGGCUUAGGGAGAACUAUGGAUGUGAGGUUGUUUGCUUCACUGGAGAUGUUGGUCAAGGGCUGCAAGAAUUGGAAGGCUUGGAGCAAAAGGCCAAAGCUAGUGGAGCUUGUCAACUGGUGGUGAAGGAUCUGAAGGAGGAAUUUGUGAGAGAUUUUAUUUAUCCGUGCUUGCGUGCUGGUGCUAUCUAUGAGAGGAAGUACUUGCUUGGGACUUCAAUGGCACGCCCCGUAAUUGCAAAGGCUAUGGUUGAUGUUGCCAAAGAAGUUGGAGCUGAUGCAGUUUCUCAUGGAUGUACGGGAAAAGGAAAUGAUCAGGUCCGCUUUGAGCUCACUUUCUUUGCCUUGAACCCCGAACUCACGGUGGUUGCUCCUUGGCGAGAGUGGGAAAUAACGGGACGGGAGGAUGCAAUUGAAUAUGCUAUUAAACAUAAUGUGCCUGUUCCUGUGACUAAGAAAUCCAUCUAUAGCAGAGAUAGGAAUCUGUGGCAUCUCAGUCAUGAGGGGGAUAUCUUGGAAGACCCUGCCAGUGAGCCAAAGGAGGACAUGUACAUGAUGACUGUUGACCCUGUUGAGGCACCUGAUCAGCCCGAGUAUGUGAAAAUCGGUAUAGUUGAGGGACUCCCUGUUUCAAUAAAUGGAAAGGAACUCUCACCUGCAUCCCUACUCUCGGAACUCAAUGAUAUUGGUGGGAAACACGGGAUUGGGCGUGUGGAUAUGGUCGAAAACCGUCUAGUCGGAAUGAAAAGCCGUGGGGUUUAUGAAACUCCCGGCGGGACAAUCCUCUUCACAGCUGCACGUGAACUCGAGUCCCUAACGCUUGAUCGUGAAACCAUCCAAAUCAAAGAUUUCCUUGCCCUCAAGUAUGCUGAGCUGGUAUAUGCCGGCAGGUGGUUCGACCCGCUUCGUGAGUCAAUGGAUGCAUUCAUGAAGGAAAUCACAAAGACCAGUACCGGAUCCGUGACCCUGAAGCUCUUCAAAGGAUCCGUGACUGUAACGGGCCGAGAAAGCCCGAACAGUCUUUACAGGCAAGACAUUUCCUCGUUCGAGAGCGGGGAGAUCUACAAUCAAGCUGAUGCUGCUGGUUUCAUCCGGCUCUAUGGAUUGCCCAUGAGGGUUCGUGCUAUGCUCGAGAAGGGCCUCUGA